AGCCAGUGGAGAGAACCAACAGCCAGUAGGAGAGAGAAAGUGAGAGGGAACGGGAGCUGUGGGACGUUAGGGGAAAAUGGCACAGCGUCUGCGUUUGUACUUUGGCUCGGGCCGCAGUAACACAGCCCCGGAGAUACUGGAAGGAGACUGUGAGGAACAGCAGGGAGACAUCGAUGUGGUCACGGCCCUCCGCAUGCAGCCACCUCCAACACCGAGGCCUUCGCAGGACUCGGCCGCGCAGCACGUCCCAGCGACGACUUUCGGUGUGCGCUCGGAGCCUUCGCUCAAACGCAGCUCCUCCAUGUUCAUACCUCAGCUCGCUGCCUACACAGAGCCGCGUCCUACUAAGAGCUCGUCCAUGCACAUCUCCCUCCAGCGCUCCAAUGGAUCAAGUAAUGGGGAUUCCAGUGGCCAUGCUGAUGAUGUCCCGCCACCCUGUUAUACUCCUCCAGGACCUGCGCCUGCCUAUACUGAACCACAGAAUCAAGCAGACUUUCCGCAACAGCCACCUCCCCCAUACAGCAUCUCAGAUUCUUUAAACUCGCACGCCGUCCCCACAGAGCCGAACCUGCCCAAACGCAGAGUCUUCAGUAUUGGUUCCAGUGGUCAUACUACGUAUAGCAGAGGUCAGCCUGGCAUCAGUGUUGGUGCCAUUUGCAUCCAGAGGAGUUCUUCAGACGGUUCUGAUGUCCGGCAUUUCAGAAUCCUCCCUUCCAGUGGUGCUGGCUGGUCUGUCCAACAGCAGAGCCUCGACCAGUGCUCCGGUAUUAAUGGUGCGACACAGAGACUAGUGUUUCAGCUCCAGCAAAAUCAGAACCAGGAUCAGAAUCAGGGCGGACAACAGGCUGCUGCAUCCCUGGACGAACGCACAGAUGUCGGCCAUGACAACUCCAGAGGUUGCCAGACAAUACGUUACCCCAGAAUUCGACUGCAGAGAACCUCGUCUCACCAGAGGCUGUUGCUGGAGAACAAACACCAGAAAAGCGAUGCAGAGAACCAGACUAUACAAGAAAAUCAAACGGACGAGGAGAUGGAAGCAAGAAACAGAUCUAAUGGUUGUACUUUUAAAAUCAGUGGGGAAACACCCAGAAGGCAACCACAUUUCAAGAUUUAUUUUUCCCCGGGUGGAGAUCAGGAUGUGAGUUUUGGCGAUGAAUCGGCAACAAAUAAUCCCAAGACCAGAGAUGAUUUCCUGGGACAAGUUGAUGUUCCUCUCAGUCAUUUGCCGACUGAGGACCCUGCUAUGGAGCGGCCGUACACAUUUAAAGACUUCCUUUUGCGGCCAAGAAGAUGUUAUUCUUCUAGUCACAAGUCCAGGGUGAAGGGUUACCUGCGUCUGAAGAUGGCCUAUCUGCCCAAACAAGGAGGACACGAGGAGGAGGCAGGAGAGAUGAGGGAGGAGGCUGAGGGCUGGGAUGAGUCUGCAGACUCAGGAUCCCAGCGACCCCAGCAGCUACUGCCCCCUUUGCCUCCAGGCUGGGAAGAAAAGGUGGACAACCUGGGACGCACCUACUACGUCAACCACAACAACCGCACUACACAGUGGAAACGGCCCUCCAACAUGGAUGUGAUUUCAGAGACUGAGAGCGACAAUCAACAGCGGCAAAUCAACCAGGAAGCACACCGUGUCUUCCGUUCGAGACGCCACAUCAGUGAAGACCUUGAGAACGAGCACCUGGAGCCCAGAGACAUCGACAAUUCCUGGGAGCUCAUCACAGAAGAGGAUCCUAACGACAGCUUGUCCCAGUCACUGCCCGGUCCCUCCUCCAUCUUGACCCCACAGCACCCGCCAACACCCGUCACCCAGGAGUUCUCUGAAGAUUUAAAUCUGAGGCUGUCUCUUACUCCUGAUACUAAUGGCGAAGUGCCAGGGCCCAGCUCUGCUCUGACCCAGCUGUCAAACAGACUCCGUUCCUCAAGUAUGACGGAUGGCGUCAGUGAUCAGGCCCAGGCUCCUCCUCUUACGCAGAGGUCCCAGACCAGGAGAACAAGAGCUCAAACUGUCUCAGGUGGUGAGGAGCCUAUGUCUCCCUCGGCGACUGCUUACACCCUGACCACUCCUGGCCUGCCCCCUGGAUGGGAGGAGAGGAAGGACGCCAAGGGAAGAACUUAUUACGUCAACCAUAACAACCGCACCACUACUUGGACUAGGCCAAUUGUGCAGCUGACUGAAGACGGAGCCAGCACCUCAGCAGCAGCGUCAGGAGGAGCGUCGGCCCUGACACCCGCAUCCACCCUUUCCUCCUCUUCCAAUGCCUCCAACAACCACCUCCAUGAGCCCCAAGUCCGACGACCUCGUAGCCUCAGCUCCCCCACUGUCACCCUUUCCACCCCCUUGGAGGGAGCCAACAACAUCCAGGUACGGAGGGCUGUGAAAGACACACUCUCCAAUCCACAGUCUCCCCAGCCGUCUCCUUACAGCUCCCCAAAAUCACAACACAAGACCCAGCAGAGCUUCCUGCCCCCGGGCUGGGAGAUGAGAAUAGCCCCGAAUGGACGGCCUUUCUUCAUCGACCACAACAGCAGAGCCACCACCUGGGAGGACCCCAGAUUGAAAUAUCCAGUCCAUAUGAGGAAUAAGAACUCAAUGGAGCCCGGCGAACUCGGUCCUCUUCCUAACCUACCAGAGGAGCCUGGAUGGGAAGAAAGAGUUCACACAGAUGGACGCACCUUCUACAUCGACCACAAUACAAAGAACACGCAGUGGGAGGACCCACGUCUACAGAGUCCAGCUAUCACAGGACCCGCUGUUCCCUACUCCAGAGAGUUCAAGCAGAAAUACGACUACUUCAGGAAGAAAUUAAAGAAACCGGCUGACAUCCCCAACCGAUUUGAGAUGAAGCUACACAGGAACAACAUCUUUGAAGAGUCGUAUCGUCGAAUCAUGUCCCUGAAGAGGCCAGAUGUUCUGAAGGCGCGGCUAUGGAUCGAGUUUGAAUCAGAGAAAGGGUUAGACUACGGCGGUGUGGCCAGAGAGUGGUUCUUCCUCUUAUCUAAGGAGAUGUUCAAUCCUUACUACGGCCUUUUCGAGUAUUCUGCCACGGAUAACUACACACUCCAAAUCAAUCCCAACUCUGGCCUGUGCAAUGAGGACCACCUCUCUUACUUCAAGUUCAUCGGACGUGUUGCAGGAAUGGCCGUGUUUCAUGGAAAACUACUGGAUGGAUUUUUCAUUCGGCCAUUCUACAAGAUGAUGCUGGGAAAACAGAUUUCUCUUAAAGACAUGGAGUCUGUGGACAGCGAAUACUACAAUUCACUGAAGUGGAUUCUGGAGAACGAUCCCACUGAGCUGGACCUGAGGUUUUGUAUCGAUGAGGACAACUUUGGACAGACGUACCAGGUCGACCUGAAGCCCAGCGGCUCAGACAUGGUGGUCACCAACGAGAACAAGAAGGAAUACAUAGACCUGGUCAUCCAGUGGAGGUUUGUCAAUCGGGUCCAGAAGCAGAUGAACGCCUUCCUGGAGGGCUUCACUGAGCUCAUUCUUAUAGAUCUGAUCAAGAUCUUUGAUGAAAACGAACUGGAGCUGCUCAUGUGUGGUCUGGGUGACGUCGACGUCAACGACUGGAGACAACACACUGUUUACAAGAACGGCUACUGUCCCAACCACCCUGUUAUACAGUGGUUCUGGAAGGUCGUCCUGUUGAUGGAUGCUGAAAAGAGAAUUCGACUCCUCCAGUUUGUAACGGGAACAUCCCGAGUGCCCAUGAACGGCUUUGCUGAGCUUUAUGGUUCUAAUGGUCCUCAGCUGUUCACGAUCGAGCAGUGGGGAACACCGGAUAAGUUACCAAGAGCUCACACAUGUUUCAAUCGCUUGGAUCUGCCCACCUAUGAAUCCUUUGAGGACCUGAGAGAGAAACUUCUCAUGGCUGUAGAGAACGCGCAAGGCUUCGAAGGCGUCGACUAAAACCACAGGCCCUCGACUGCGUCCAACCUAUCCGAUGAGAAAACAAAACUAAACGCCACAGGGAUGUCAAACCAGCUGCUGUAGCAGUUCUGUGCAAGCAUGUUGUACUGUAAUGCCUGACCGUGAGCCACCUUCCACAGCACGGUGGUUUGAGACUGUACAGCGACUUGUCGAGCCAAUAUGCCUACGUCUUUAUAUCUUUUCAGUGUGGUAGGUCACUCUUUAAAGGUGCUGGGGAAAGAAAGGAAGCGUUGCACUCUUUGAAUGCUGAAAUCUAUUAUCCAUAGGCAUGAGCAAUGAAUGAUGGGAGCUGGCCCCUGAUCCACUGUUUCUUUCCCCUCUACCCUUGUCCUGUGAAAAUCUACAGUGCUGGAAAACACCAAUGCAUUUCAAUAGCUCCUUUAUGUACACUAUAGCACAGUAUUUGAGCGCCCUUCAGUGGAAGGGGUCUUAGCAUGGCCUUAAUCUGGCUCCUUCAUGCACUAUUUCUCUAAGAAACUGCAAUGGCACUAUGAUCACAACUGUCAAAUCCUUAGACCAACACCAGAUUACCUUAGGAAUGCUAGCCAAUCACAUUUCAGGAAAUCGGCCACACCCCUCCGUAGAGCCUUGUCUGUGUCGUGUGAUCAGAUAUCGCCGCUGCAGCCUUUUGUAGAAUAAGGUUUUCUUUUUUAGCCACUGGUAAGGAUUAGAAGAAUGGGAGGCAGGGGACGAAAUGAUCCCCACAGGUGAUUUUUUUUCUUUUUUUUUUAUAUAAUUUUUGUCAUCAAAGAACAGAUUUUCUUUUUAUCAUUGGUAUAAUUCUUGCAGGAAGUGCUCUCAGUGUAUUUGUACUGAUGAACAAUGUUCUUUACUAUUUUGACGACUAUAUAUGACAUGGUGUGUGAAGUGCAAAUUUGGCUCGUCUGGGACAUGAUUAAUCCAUAUCAUUUGUUACGGUGAUAGCAAAUGUGUUGAGAAAAACUGUUGUUUUUUUUUAUUGUAGUGCUUUGAAAGCAGCAUGAAACUGUACCUUGUGUUUGCUUGGACUACAUAUUAAUUUGGACGUGUAAUCGGUCUGGAGGUCGGGGUGGGGAAAACUAAAACUUGGGGUAGUUUCUCUGAGACGUCAUGAUUAUAUUAAUAUUCUCAUGCCUGUUGCUGUUCAUAAUGCUGUAAAUUGUUCUUGGAAAAACAACCAACCUUUUAAGUUCUUUCAUGAUAUAUAAAUAUAUGUAUGUAUUACAUUUAACAGAAGUAUUACUGAUCAACAACACUAAAAUGAAGCUGUGUGUGCGCGCGGGUGUCUGAGAGAAAAGCUGUGAUUGCCACUGAAUAUAAAGCAGCACGUUUCUUACAAAGAAAAAAAUGUGUUUUUCUUUUUUAUGUUCUUGUUUCUCUCUCCUUUUUCUAACACCGUUGAACCUAAAGGGCACUUUAUAGAUCACUCUGAGGUCAUGUCGCCUGUUGUAUGUCUUCUGUCGUUUACUUGAAUGUGAUUCUUUUUUUUGUUUUGUUUUCCAUUCUGAGCACUUUCUCGGUGCAAUAAAUAAAUAGUCUGUAAAUCUGGGCUGCUGCUAAAGUAGACAAAGUUGACAGAAGUGAAGCUGAGACUUCAUGUCCUUUUAGUCUUCUCUGUUCUCUCUCUUCUUUUGACCCCUGUCUCCAUGUUUUCCUCCCUUGUGUUUCUUCCCUGCUGUAAUCCCACCACUCAAACUAACUCAGUACAGAUUAGUCUUUUUUUUUUUUAGAGGGUUUUCUUUUUUAAUGAACGAGGGGGAAAUUUUCAUUUUUGUUAAAGAUUCCACCACUUUCUGCAACUCUUUGUGGUUCAUUUAACUUCAGUCAAAUAAAAUUGAAACUUCUCAGAA